AUGUUGCAGUCCAUGACAUCUGUGAUGAGGUUCUCCGUGUCUGACAACAUCACGCGUUCGACCGCCCUGGUGACAGCACUGGAUAACGCGACAACUUUGUCUCCAGCAGCAACGACGCAGGUGGUCAAUGACACCAACAUCACCGUACCACACAAGUGCCUGCUGUUGCUCUAUGAGGACAUUGGGAAGUCCAGAGUCCGCUACUGGGAUCUUCUGCUCCUGGUUCCAAAUGUGCUUUUCUUUAUGUUUCUUCUCUGGAAGCUGCCCUCUGCCAGGGCCAAAAUCCGGGUCACUUCCAGCCCAAUCUUCACUACAUUCUACAUACUAGUAUUUGUGGUGGCUUUAGUUGGUAUUGCCCGUGCUGUUGUCUCCAUGACUGUGAGUGCCUCUGAUGCUGCCACGGUUGCUGACAAGAUCCUGUGGGAGAUCACAAGGUUCUUCCUUCUGGCGAUUGAGCUGAGUGUGGUGAUUCUAGGCCUUGCCUUUGGCCACCUGGAGAGCAAGUCAAGUGUGAAACGUGUUCUGGCAAUCACUACGGUGCUGUCUCUGGCGUAUUCUGUCACGCAGGGCACCCUGGAAAUCCUGUACCCUGAUGCCCACCUCUCAGCAGAAGACUUCAACAUCUAUGGCCAUGGAGGAAGACACUUUUGGCUUGCUAGCUCCUGUUUCUUCUUUUUAGUCUAUUCCUUGGUGGUGAUUCUUCCAAAAACUCCUCUGAAAGACCGGAUUUCCUUGCCCUCCAGGAAGAGUUUUUAUGUUUAUGCUGGAAUCCUAGCACUGCUAAACCUGGUGCAGGGCCUGGGCAGUGCCCUGCUCUGCGUGGAUAUCAUAGAGGGACUGUGCUGUGUUGAUGCUACCACGUUCCUUUACUUCAGCUUCUUUGCACCUUUCCUGAAAGGUUUCUUUGGGUCUGAACCGAAGAUCCUCUUCUCCUACAAGUGUCAGGUGGAUGAACCUGAGGACGUGGAUGUGCACCUACCCCACCCUUAUGCAGUUGCCAAGAAGGAAGGGAUGGAUUCUGGCUUCUACUCGAGCACUCAGAUUGACACCACAGCCUACCUGGAUGAUGUGGCCUCUAUGCCCUAUCACGUGGGCAGCAUCAACAGCGUGGACAGUGACCGCUGGAAAGCCAUCAAUGCCUAA